AAAAUUUUGAGCAUCAAACGCGAUGGGCGGGGUGUUCUCGAAGAAGACGCCGGCGCCGGCGAACGCGGCCGCGGAGCGCCACGCUGCCAACCGUGCCAAGGCGCAGCAGCAGGUCUCUUCGAAGGACAAGGCGAUGCUCGAGCUCAAGGCGUCACGCGACCGCCUAAAGAAGUAUCAGAAGGCGCUCGAGGUCGAGAGCGCGACGCUCGAGUCCAAGGCCCGCCAGCUCCUCGCCAAGAAGCAAAAGGACCGCGCGAUGCUCUGCCUUAAGAUGCGCAAGUUCAAACUCCAGCAGAUCGAGCAGGCCGAUACGCAUUUGCUCAACGUGCACCAAAUGAUCGGCAGCGUCGAGUGGGAAAGCCAGCAGCUCCAGAUCUUUGAAGGGCUCAAGGCCGGCAACUCGGUGCUCGAUGCGAUCCACAAGGAAAUGACGAUCGAGGCCGUCGAGGACCUCAUGCUCGAGACGCAAGAGGCGCAGGCGCAUGCCGACGAGAUCAGCCGCAUUCUCGGUGGCGCGCUCUCGACCCAAGACGAAGAUGCGGUGUUGGCCGAACUGGCCGAGAUCGAGGCCGCCGCCUUCGAAGCCCAACUGCCGAUCGCGCCAGACGAUGUUCUCGUCGCGCCGCUGCCCGAGGCGCCGACAGCCGACGUCGUCGCGCCCCCCGCGCGCCGUGCCAAGCCUGUUCUAGCUUAGUCAGUUCCGCAUAAGCUUUCCAAAUGUAG